AUGCCCCACAGUGUAGACCUGGUCCAUGCUCAGAUCCACGUGGCUGAGGGCAGGAGCCUACCCGACCUGGGCCUGCGGCAGGAGAACAUCCGCAUCAACGGCUGUGCCAUCCAGUGCCGGGUCACCACCGAGGACCCCGCGCGCAGUUUCCAGCCGGACACUGGCCGCAUUGAGGUGUUCCGGAGCGGAGAGGGCAUGGGCAUCCGUCUGGAUAACGCUUCCGCCUUCCAAGGAGCCAUCAUCUCACCCCACUAUGACUCCCUGCUGGUCAAAGUCAUCGCCCACGGUAAAGACCACCCCACAGCCGCCACCAAGAUGAGCAGAGCCCUUGCGGAGUUCCGCGUCCGAGGUGUGAAGACCAACAUCCCCUUCCUGCAGAAUGUGCUCAACAACCAGCAGUUCCUGGCAGGCACCGUGGACACCCAGUUCAUCGACGAGAACCCAGAGCUGUUCCAGCUGCGGCCUGCGCAGAACCGGGCCCAAAAGCUGUUGCACUACCUCGGCCAUGUCAUGGUCAACGGCCCAACCCCCCCGAUUCCCGUCAAGGCCAGCCCCAGCCCCACGGACCCCAUUGUCCCUGCAGUGCCCAUAGGCCCGCCCCCGGCUGGUUUCAGAGACAUCCUGCUGCAAGAGGGGCCUGAGGGCUUUGCUCGAGCUGUGCGGAACCACCAGGGGCUGCUGCUGAUGGACACGACCUUCAGGGACGCCCACCAGUCACUGUUGGCCACUCGUGUGCGAACCCACGAUCUCAAAAAGAUCGCCCCCUAUGUUGCCCACAACUUCAGCAAGCUCUUCAGCAUGGAGAACUGGGGAGGAGCCACAUUUGAUGUCGCCAUGCGCUUCCUGUAUGAGUGCCCCUGGCGGCGGCUGCAGGAGCUCCGGGAGCUCAUCCCCAACAUCCCUUUCCAGAUGCUGCUGCGGGGGGCCAAUGCUGUGGGCUACACCAAUUACCCAGACAACGUGGUCUUCAAGUUCUGUGAGGUGGCCAAAGAGAAUGGCAUGGAUGUCUUCCGCGUGUUUGACUCCCUCAACUACUUGCCCAACAUGCUGCUGGGCAUGGAGGCGGCAGGAAGUGCCGGAGGCGUGGUGGAGGCUGCCAUCUCCUACACCGGCGACGUGUCCGACCCCAGCCGCACCAAGUACUCACUGCAGUACUACAUGGGCUUGGCCGAAGAGCUGGUGCGAGCUGGCACCCACAUCCUGUGCAUCAAGGAUAUGGCUGGGCUGCUGAAGCCUACAGCCUGCACCAUGCUGGUCAGCUCCCUCCGGGACCGCUUCCCCGACCUCCCACUGCACAUCCACACCCACGACACGUCAGGGGCAGGCGUGGCAGCCAUGCUGGCCUGUGCCCAGGCUGGAGCCGAUGUGGUGGAUGUGGCAGCCGAUUCCAUGUCCGGGAUGACGUCACAGCCCAGUAUGGGGGCCCUGGUGGCCUGUACCAGAGGGACUCCCCUGGACACAGAGGUGCCCAUGGAGCGCGUGUUUGACUACAGUGAGUACUGGGAGGGGGCUCGGGGACUGUACGCGGCCUUCGACUGCACGGCCACCAUGAAGUCUGGCAACUCGGACGUGUAUGAGAAUGAGAUCCCAGGGGGCCAGUACACCAACCUGCACUUCCAGGCCCACAGCAUGGGGCUCGGCUCCAAGUUCAAGGAGGUCAAGAAGGCCUAUGUGGAGGCCAACCAGAUGCUGGGCGAUCUCAUCAAGGUGACGCCCUCCUCCAAGAUCGUGGGGGACCUGGCCCAGUUUAUGGUACAGAAUGGAUUGAGCCGGGCAGAGGCCGAAGCUCAGGCAGAAGAGCUGUCCUUCCCCCGCUCCGUGGUGGAGUUCCUGCAGGGCUACAUCGGUGUCCCCCAUGGGGGGUUCCCCGAACCCUUUCGCUCUAAGGUACUGAAGGACCUGCCGAGGGUGGAGGGGCGGCCCGGAGCCUCCCUGCCUCCCCUGGAUCUGCAGGCACUGGAGAAGGAGCUGGUAGACCGGCAUGGGGAGGAAGUAACCCCGGAAGACGUGCUCUCAGCAGCUAUGUACCCCGACGUGUUUGCCCACUUCAAGGACUUCACCGCCACCUUUGGCCCCCUGGAUAGCCUGAAUACUCGCCUCUUCCUUCAGGGGCCCAGGAUCGCAGAGGAGUUUGAGGUGGAGCUGGAGCGGGGCAAGACGCUGCACAUCAAAGCCCUGGCCGUGAGCGACCUGAACCGGGCCGGCCAGAGGCAGGUCUUCUUUGAGCUCAAUGGGCAGCUGCGGUCCAUCUUGGUCAAGGACACCCAGGCCAUGAAGGAGAUGCACUUCCACCCCAAGGCCCUGAAGGACGUGAAGGGCCAGAUCGGGGCGCCCAUGCCUGGGAAGGUGAUAGACAUCAAAGUGGCGGCAGGGGCCAAGGUGACCAAGGGCCAGCCCCUGUGUGUGCUCAGUGCCAUGAAGAUGGAGACUGUGGUGACCUCACCCAUGGAGGGCACUGUCCGCAAGGUUCACGUGACCAAGGACAUGACACUGGAAGGCGACGACCUCAUCCUGGAGAUCGAGUGAUCUUGCCCCAGACUGGCAGCCUGGCCAUCCCCAAGCCUUCAACAGAAGCUGUGCUGCCACAGCAGGCCCAGGCCAGCCAGCGCCCGAGGCCACCAAGGUCGGGCCGUGGAGGUCCUGUCCAGAGCUGGACAGGAGAGACACCGCCUGCAGCGGCUCAUUCCUUUCAGCCAUCAUCCUUUCCUCUGGCGGACAGCUGCUCACAUGUUCAUCUCUUGCCAAAUAAGGGUCCCCUCCUCACUGAAGACCACAAGUGGUGGGUCAGGUGGUCCUAGGACCCGGGGGAGGUUUGGGGUCCUAUCUCCUGGGGGAAGGGAGAUUUAAGAUGUCCCAGGUCCUGGGAAGUUUGCUCAAUAAAACUGGCUUUCCCCUGCCCUC